GACUGUUUUACGGGGCGCGAGCCUCGUCCUGGAACUUGGUUGAUUAUGAGGUUUAUUUCUGUAGAUGUUAAAGAACACAAGUUCCGCUUGUCCCUCGUCGACCUAAGAUAUUUUAACCCAUCGAAGGCUCAGUGGGAGAAAACACAAAAUGUGGAGUUGGCAUCUGGGAAAGCAUCGACCGUGGCCUUCAAGAGUAAGAUGUUCGGGACCUUUUCGGCAGAUAUGUUUUUGAUCCCUCCAGACACUAUCGAUUUUGCGGCAGUGUUUCUAAAUUUUGCGGAGCGCCUACAAUCCAACCCCUAUGCACUGGCUGUUAUAUUGUCACUAUGGUUUCUCUUGAUCCUUUUUGCCGUCAUCCUCCGACGGAUGGAUAUCAAAGACGAGGCUCUGUGGAAUUAUCUCCCCCUUGUUGACAACAACCCCUGGAGUUCUGCAGGAUACUUAAUGACGGUGUCAACUGCCCUGCGUUCAUCUAGAAAUCUCACCUCAUCUCCGUACUUUAACAUCGUUGGAAGUGAUGGUGAGACAGGGCCAAGAAGCAUGAAUGAUGCCCUAAGAAAGAACUUCCGGCGAGGCACUACGUCACACUUCUACGUCACGACACCGAUACACUUAGGAAAGCUCAAACACAUUAUUGUUUGGCAUAACAAUGAGGGUUCUUCGCCAAGAUGGCUGCUCACUAAAAUUGCCAUUCAAGAUAUGGAAGAGAAUAGCAGAUACGUAUUUGUAUGUGGGGAAUGGCUGGCAUUAGACAGAGCAGAUGGCAAUAUCUGGAAGCGUCUUCCCGCCCAGGACGAGAAGGCAAUUGACAGCCAGCUUUUAUUCUCAGAAUUGAGUCUUCGUCAACUGUUUGACGACAAUUUAUGGUUCUCGAUAUCUGCUCGGCCACACUUCAGCAGGUUUAACCGCGUCCAGCGACUAUGGACGAUUGGGGCCCUGCUUUUCCUCUCAAUGAUUGUGUCUGCCAUGUUUUACAACACACCAGCAGGCAAAGAGAACAGUAUCAAGGUUGGACCUUUUACCUUCAGCUACAAACAGGUGUAUAUCGGAUUCGUUGCUGCCGCUUUGGCAGUAAUACCAACUUUCAUAAUAAUGUAUAUUUUUCGAAAGAGAAAUUUCAGAAAUGAGUACUUAAAAGAUGACGUAAGUAAUACGUCUGGAAAGGAGAAGUUGAAAGUUCCUCGACGCCUUCCCUGGUGGACAAUAUUCAUAGCAUACUCCCUGGUGAUUGCGGCUAUUCUGAGCAGCUCAACAUUCACGUUUCUGUAUUCACUCGACUGGGGUGCAGAUAUCACAUUACAGUGGCUACUCACCUUCUUCAUGGGAACAUUGCAGAGCAUUGUCAUCAUUGAGCCUCUCAAGGCCGUUGUACUAGCUGCUGUACUCGCUUUCUGCUGUAGUGGUGGGGCCAGGAAAACAUUGAUGGAUGUCCCCGUUACUCGCAAAACCAGGCAAAUAGAAGCCUACGAUGUACCAGUGGAAAAGCAGUGGUGCCCGGAAAACAUUCCAAGUCCGGACGAGAUCCAAGAGGUCUCAGAGAUAGAUAAAAACGGACACCGGAUGAAAUUGGACAGAAAGUUGUCUAAAAAGUUCUUCUCCUGGUCCUUGAGCAUAGGCUAUGCUAGUCUUCUGCUCAUCCUAUGUUCUCAUAACUUUAUCGAAACAGCAUUCUACCAAAACAAUUACCUGAAAGCAACGCUACAACCAAAAGCAACGAUUACACGAGUUGACGAUAUCUGGACCUGGUUCAAUGACGUGUUUAUCGUCAAGGUAUUCCCAAAGUUUGCAUAUAAUGGACGAAUAAGAUCAUCUUACAUACAGAGAUUCUACGAUGAUGAAUAUCUAUAUCGCAUGGGAUUGAUUAGAAUACGCCAAGUUCGAUCUUCAGAGAAAUGCACGCCGAUCGAUGCGUUUGUUGGGUUUGUGAAGUGCACAUCUGAUUACUCAACUAACACUGAAGAAAAUGGGGAAUUCUGUAAAGGUUGGAUGCCGUACAAUGACACCUGUUUUGACGAAAACGAAGAAGUGGACUACUCAUUUAAGUACUUUUCGUCAAAGGAUACGAAAGCGUUCCCGACCAAUGGAGUGCACGAAAUGUAUGGACCAGGGGGGUAUUAUAUGGAUAUCGGACCUAAGCAAUCAGCCGCAGUCAGGUCUGUCGCCGAACUGAAGACGUAUGAUUGGAUAGACCAGAACACCAGAGCAGUCUUUGUCUCGUUCAUGGCGUAUAACGGAAACACACACCUUUUCAGUUACGUCAAUGUCAUAUUCGAGUUACCUCCCCUUACCGGAAUUACAACAACGUUCAAUAUUGUUUCUGCGAAUUUGUACCCCUACAAUACGGUAUGGGAUUACAUCAUCCUCUUAGCUCAGUUUGUUUUCAUCGUUGUCGUCAUCGUCAGACUGGUCCUACUCAUCAAGGACGCGGUUGUGUCCAGGGGGAGAGUACUCCGUACACUAACGUUCUAUGCUACAAUGUUUGAUAUAAUGAUAUGUAUCGGUGCCAUCGUGUGUUACGUCAUCAGACUGGACGGCACCAUUUCCGCAAUCAACAAGAUAGCUAAGAACCCAAGACAACAUGUUUCCUUUGAGCAAGCAAGUACUAUGGAUUUACUCUUCAUGGCUUUUAUUGGUUUCGCUUGCUUUAACGCGAUCAUCAACCUUCUGUCACCAUUAACGUUCAACUAUCACUUUCAUUUGUUUAAGGUGUUUCUCGACCUCUCUAGAUACACGUUGUUCUCGCUAUUUCUCGUACAGGCCGUGUUGUUUGUUGCCUUUACGUCUAUUGUGUACAUGUUCUUCCACAUGGACAAAUGGGAACUGCGGAACUUCUACAGUACGGUACUCUUCCUCUACAGAGUGGCUUUGGGCAUGUUCAAAGUCGGUCACAGUAUCAAGUUUAUAGAUUACGGCAGUGUCAUUGUAUUCACUCUUUUUGGGUUCUCAGUGAGUAUUGUGGUGAUGAACGUAUGCAUAAGUGUACUGAACGUCGGGUUGAGCAACGCACGUAUUGCCGUCAAGAAGAACAAGAGGCAUAGAUUUGAUACAGAACUGAACGACUUCUUCUUUUGGAAAGUGAAUAGCGUCUUGCGAGUGUUGACGUUUCGCAGCGGUAAAAAGAAUACUGUGAUGAGUAAAUACGCUGCGCCUGAAAAGGAGAAAUCUGACCGACUUCAACGAUUACACACGAUGAAAGGCUUCGAGAACAUGGUAUUCAAUAUGGCGAGAGAGGCUUCCUCCAACGAGCAGCAAAUCUUUAGAUCGUGUCUAAAGUUGCAGAAAAAACCGACCGACCGAAGUCAGCUACGUUCCACAUGUACUUCAAAUACAGACAAAACAACUAUCAAGUACUACGACCAGACCUCAAAGUUUAUUAUGGCUUUAGUGUUCCCAAUGGCAGUCAGUGACCAAGACGUCAUCGUCCACAGCAUAGACGUCAUUAAGGCCAAAAUUAGGCACCUUUACCCAUGUGACGCAUCCUCUGUGCCACUGAGCAAGAUGUUUAAAGUGAAAGCAAGAGCAAGGCUACGUAAGAAGGGCUCCGUACAGGUGAUGAUUGUCGAUACGAAACCGAGGAGUACAAUAGAGUUACCGGCCUUUGUUGUGUCAUCACAUGACAAAGGAAAGACAUGGGAGACAACUGCGGCCAGCCCGUCAUCGCGGGUUAUGAUGAAGAACAAACCGUGUGUGUCAGCGAUGAUCCGCGCAUGCCCAACGCACUUCAUGGCCAUCUCGUGCGAAUUAUGGCCGGAUGUGCCACUCUCUUUCAUGGACAAACUAGAGAUGCACACAGUGUCUCCUAGAGGAGGAUUGAUCCGCCUCCGGUGUAACAACAGGAUCACUAUCGCCGCUGAAAAGAAUUCAGUUGACAGGGAUAUAGACAUAUGCGUCCUGGAACAGGAGUCAAGCCCCACCCCGAUGGUAACCAUAACAGCGACAAAGGACAUUACCAGGCCUUUGAUACUAUCAAUUCCGUUCAAUAUGCUAGAAAGAGGAGAGAAUGCAAAGGGACUUAUCAUACUUGUAAAGGACGGUGACCUGAAAUGGCAGAAGGCACAAUGUGAAGCAUAUAAAGAACUGUGCUCCAUUAUCUUCGUGAUUAACAGUUUAAACAGACGGGUUGCGAAGAAAAUUUUGAUAAAGAAAAGUGCACUGAAACAGAACCUGACUGCUGCUACAAUACCUAACCAUUACCUGAGAACAGCUAUCAGAGCAGUUUGUAACAGCAAGAUCUCCCGAAGAUGGCGUUUUCUAGGCAAGUCUCUUGGACUACCGGUAAACUACCAUGACUGUAUUGAUGGCAAAGCUCCCCUCUGUUCGGAAGAAAAGUGCAGCUUCGUUUUGCUUGAGUGGUACGUCCAAAAUCCUAACGCAACUGCAGAAGAUUUGGACAAAUGCUUAACGAAACUUGGAUGUCAACCCGUCAACAAACUCGCAAACUACAUAUGACACAGCCUAAAUUAUUCCUCAAGUGAGUUGUUUUGUUAGAGCAGCAAGGUGUUUUAAAAUGUGAUAUAUACAACCAAGACAGGAACAUUAUGGUUUUCAAUACCUGUUUUGAUCAAUAUUAUAUGCGUGUUUCUUUGUCAUCAGUGUCAUGUUGAUGCUUCUUCCGUCUCGCAUGUGACAUAUCCUACAUAUCGUAGGCGCAAACAUUUAGGUGAUGUUGGACUUAUCCAGGAAUAUAAAUUCCACUGACGAUACAGAAACUUUCAUUCUGAAAAAUUAAGGGAAUAUUGAUAUAUUUCAUCAUUACUCUGUAAAUUAGGGAUAUAAAUAUACAUUGUACGUACUGGUAGUAUUUUUCUAUCGCCAAUGCCGGUAUGAAGGUAAAAGGAUUAAAUCAAAAUUCAACAUAAAAACUUGUUACCACAUCGAAAUAUAAUAUUGCGAAAGAACAUUUGACUCCCUAAUAUGAUGGUUUUUGUACAAAAGCCUGUUUGAAAUGAAAUGAUAUCUAUUUGAUAAAAGAAGUACUAGCGUAUCAGUGUGGACACUGUAUAUAUUUCAACGUGCAGAUACAAUUUUGAGAAUGACCAAAGAGGUAUAGCGCAAAUGGUACGCUGAGCACCUAUCUCAGUCCACUGCUUUGAUACGGUCUCAAAUAUCACCCAUGGCCACGAAAUGUUGAUAUACACUUCUACCAUACGAACUCGUUUUUGGAAAUUGCACUUGCUACAUGAUCAAAGAAAUGCCGUCAAACCUUCUACAUAGAUACGAGGUCAAGGCUAUGAUGUUUCCGAUGUCAAGGUCAUGUCCCCCUCGCCAAAGUACUAUCCAAAAAUAACUUUUUCAGCAAAAUCAGCGGCACAUAAUGUUUUUAAACUUUUUAAUUGUGGUCAUUUCUAUUUUAAUUUUUUUAGUUUGUUCAUGGUUUUGCGGUCCGGCAACAAAUAAUGUCAUAUUAAGAUGGUGACCACAGCGUGGUCAGGAGGGCCACUUAAAAAUACCACCAAACUCAAUUACAAGACUUCAAAGAUUUAGUUUUCACUCAAGCACACAUAAAUGUGUAUAGCAACGAGGUCAUGUAUAUAAAACAUAGUUUGAGUAUAUGACAGCCAAGCAUCAUACAUCAUAUCAUAGUACAUGCAUAAUUACAGAUAUACAUCCGGUUACACACAAGUAUGUCAGUGCUCAACGUAUAUAGAACGAUCCCAAGCAAACAGAAAAAAAUAUAGAAUAGAGACAUUAUAAUAUUUUUGUUAUACAGGACAUCCACCAUGGCAAAACAAAUAGUUAAAUAAAACAAGGACACCAAAUCUGAAUUGAAUAUGGCCGUUUAUUACAAUAAACGACGGUUGUUAUGACGUUCACAUUUUGUCAUAUAAAUAGACCCAAAAAGUCUUAGAUGGGGGUCCUAUUCCGCCAUACACAAUAUAAUUGAAGCAAUAUUAAUGCUAGUUGUAAUACAUAUUUUUUUCACACAAAAUACAUGAUAUAACAUCGAUACAUUACUUAACAAUCGUAUAAGAAAAUGUUGUACACCAAUAUAUAAAGUUAUGCACAUUCAGAAAAUUCUAACAAGAAAGGAGGAAAGUAGGGGAUGGUGGUGGGUAAAGCUUAUCUUGUAUAUACUAAAAUCUGUGAUCAGAUAAAACAAUACAAAACUUUACAAGUUGAAAUAAAAUUGACCUUGACCGUACGAUCCCUGUUCCGCCAUCUUCUUUUAUCAGCUUCUGAAUAGGAGCUGCUGCGUCAUUUGUAUUUAUAGUGAUCUAAUUUUAGCAACAUAUUAAUGCGCGCAUGUAACCUGUCGGACCGCUUCACUCAUACCCCAACAUACCUCCUUCCGCAAAUAAAAAUAGUUAUGUAAAAGCAUGGAAGUCUGAAUGCAUAAAUUACAUUAAAACAAGUUUUAAUUUGUAUUCAAGUUUUAGACAUAUAAGUUUACAUUUUUUAACAACUUCCUAUUAAGAAUUGUGAAUAUUCCUUUCAUUUUAUAUAGGUUUUCACUUCCCGGAGAUAUUAUUCUGAUAUUGGGUCAACCAGAUUUGUCUAUGGAGACAACGUUAGAAAAAAAAUGAUGUGAAAUUCUUUCACAACCAGAAACUGUAUUACUGUAUAU